CUCUCUCUCUCUCUCUUUUUGCCAGCUGCUGGAUUUUUUUCCCUGUCAUUCUCUCUCUUCUCACGGAGGCGGGACCUGUGAGCACUCAUCCGGAGGAAGACAUGUGUCUCUGGGGAUGAUGCUGUUGCCGUUGUUGCCACCCACCCUGUCGCCAUGACGAUGCCACUCAGCCCCCUCUCCAGUGACGAAGAGCAGCAGAGGAUGCUGGGAAACAGUCAACACCUAUAUCCAGGGGCAGAGGAGGAAGAGGAAGAGGAAGAAGGAGAGGAAGAGGAGGAGCCAGACGAUGAAUAUCAGGAUGAAGAAGGUGAGGAGGAGGAGAAUGGGGAGCUAGAUGGGGAAGAGGAGGAGGAGGAUGAAGAGAAGAGCCGAGGAGCGAGGCGUAUGAGCGGGGACAGGGGUGAUGGACACAGGCGGAAAGGCACCAUCUCCGGACGACCCACAGGAGACAGACAGAUGCGAUCCACUAACCCAGGCCACACCCCUAACCCUUAUUCAUCCAAUCCUGGACCUGCACACCAAGCAACAACCAAUCAGCAGCAGCAGAAGCGGCUGAGAGAGAGGAGAUCUAGUACGGUCCCCGACGACACACACAUCGCCAUGAUGGUGUUCCGCAUUGGUAUCCCUGACAUCAAGCAGACGAAGUGUCUGCGUUUUAACCCUGAGGCCACGGUGUGGCGGGCCAAGCAGCAGGUUCUGUGUAGUUUGACUGAGUCUCUGCGGGAUGUACUGAACUAUGGCCUCUUCCAACCCGCCACUGAUGGACACGACGCCAAGUUUCUGGAGGAGGAGCGCCCGCUCCGAGACUACCCACAAUCCUUUGAGAAAGGGGUGCCCUACCUAGAGUUUCGCUACAAAACUAGAGUGUACAAGCAGACAAACCUCGAUGAGAAGCAACUUGCCAAGCUGCACACCAAGGCCAGUCUGAGGAAAUUCAUGGACUACAUCCAAGCUGGAGCAGUGGAAAAAGUGGCCAAGUUUUUGGACAAAGGGCUUGACCCCAAUUUUCAUGACCCAGACACAGGAGAGACUCCUCUCACACUGGCGGUGCAGUGUGAGCCGGGGGCGGGGGAGGUGAUCAGGGUGCUGGUGAUGGGAGGAGCUCACAUGGACUUCAGAGCCAAAGACGGACUCACCCCCCUCCACAAGGCUGUUCGAGCUCACGCACACACUGCUCUGCUGACUCUGCUGUCUCUGGGGGCGUCUCCUGACUACAAGGACCGGCGGGGACUGACACCGCUAUACCACACUGUGCUGACAGGGGGCGACACCUCUUGCUGUGAAACACUGCUGUAUCACCGAGCCAAGCUUGGGAUCCGUGACGAGAACGGCUGGGAUGAAACACACCAGGCCUGUCAGAAUGGUAACUCACAACAUCUGGAGCACCUGCUGUUCUACGCUGCUGACUCCUCCUCGCCAAACGCCUCAGGAAACACUGCCCUGCACAUCUGCGCUUUGUACAACAAGGAGAGCUGCGCACGCAUCCUGCUCUACCGAGGAUCCAAUAAGGACAUAAAGAACAACAGUGGGCAGAGCCCUUUCCAGGUGGCUGUCAUGUCUGGUCAUUUUGAGCUCGGCGAGAUCAUUAAAAACCAUCGGGACUCAGACGUAGUGCCAUUUGUGGAAUCACCCAAGUAUGCCCCCCAGAGGCGAGAGAGUGCACGUACACUUGCUCUGCCACAUCCACACCCCUUCCUACGAGCCAACAGUGACAACAGCAUGAACUUGCCUGACUGGAUGGCCUUUCCCAAUGCUGCCGGGUCCAACAUUGUCUCUGUGCAGGGUCUCAAGCACAGUGGCACUCUGCGCAGUUCCAGCAGCCCCCGCGGAGCCCGCACGCGCUCGCCAUCCCGUGGCCGGGCAGGAGAAAGGGAUGAUCGGAGCAGGCAGGCGCGCGGCAGACAGGGACCGGCCUCUAUCAAUGUCCAGGGUGUAUCAGCAGGACAGAGGAGGCGUCUGUACAGUGCUGUUCCAGGCCGAGUGUUUGUGGCCACGCGCUCACAUUCAGCUCAGGGCGAGCGGGAGAUCAGCUUCAACAAAGGAGACAAAGUCAAAGUGCUGAGUGUCGGAGAGGGGGGUUACUGGGAGGGCACUGUGAGAGGACGUACUGGCUGGUUCCCAUCAGACUGUGUGGAGGAAGUAGCGCCUCGAAACCUGGACCACCGCUCAGAGAGCCGUAGCGAGAAAACCAAGAGGCUUUUCCGCCAUUAUACAGUGGGAUCCUACGACACGUUUGAUGCACCCAGUGACUAUAUCAUCAAGGAGAAAACAGUGCUCCUACAGAAGAAAGACAGUGAGGGGUUUGGCUUUGUGCUGAGAGGGGCUAAGGCUCAGACCCCUAUUGAAGAGUUCACACCCACCCCAGCCUUCCCAGCACUGCAGUACCUCGAGUCUGUCGACGAGGGAGGCGUGGCCUGGAGAGCUGGUCUACGAAUGGGUGACUUCCUGAUUGAGGUGAAUGGUCAGAAUGUGGUGAAGGUUGGGCACAGACAGGUGGUCAACAUGAUCCGACAAGGCGGAAACAGCCUUAUGGUCAAGGUUGUCAUGGUCACCCGGAAUCCCGACAUGGAGGAGGGGCCCAGAAGGAAAAUCCCACAGCAGAGUAAGAGGCUAAGCACGCCAGCCAUCGCGCUGCGCUCAAAGUCCAUGACCUCAGAGCUGGAGGAGAUGGUCGACAGAGCUUCGGCACCAUGGAAAAAAAAACCAGAGUUUGAAACCUCACAAGCUACAGAGAAGAAAAGGACAGUCUAUCAAAUGGCACUGAAUAAACUGGAUGAAAUUUUAGCUGCUGCUCAGCAGACCAUCAGCACCAAUGAGACGCCGGUGUCACGAAGUCAAGGAGUAAAGCGUGACAGAGGCAGAGGGUUCUACAAUGAGCCAAAUUUUGACCAAUCAGGAAUGGGGAUGACGUCAUCGGGGGCAGGGCUAGGCUAUGAUCGGGGCCAGUUCGUGUCUGGCCACGCCCCCCAGCACGGUAUGAUGCUACGACAGAAGUCGAUCGGGGUUCCUGAAGAAGAGAAGCAGUUCCUUCAUCCUCCGGCCAUGAAGUUCGCACGAAGCCUUUCGGUCCCCGGCUCAGAUGACAUCCCCCCUCCCCCAACCACGGCGCCCCCUGACCCUCCUUUCUCCUCGGCACCCCCUAUGGGUUGGAGGGGUAAAGCGUCUCAGCAACCCACGGUCUCCGUGUCCCAGUCUACCUCCACCUCCACCCACUAUCAGCUUUACUCUCAGUCGUCUCACGCCACUCACGGACCCAGAGACAGGUCCCCUGGUCCCCCGACGGGCUCUGGAGCUGCCGACCAUGCAAGCAUGUACUCCCAUGCCCAGGCGCACGCCUCCGUCCCCGGCAGGACUGCCUCCAGGAAAGCGGUGGGUUACACAGCAGAGCCCGCAGGGAGCGCGGCCGCGAGGUCGGCCGGGCUGAGGCGGGGCUACAGCGCCGCGGUCCCUCCCACCAGCGUGGCCACGGUGAUGCCGCAGCAGCAGCAGGCGGCUCAGAGCCAGCCGUCAAGGGCGGAGCGGGGCCCGGCAGGGGCGGUGCCUGGGGGACCCAGAGCAGGUGCGCGGAGGGGGAAGGGUCCCCUGGUGAAGCAGUCGAAGGUGGAGGACCUGCGGUCGGGCCAGGGCACGCUGGGAGGAAAGGGGUCGGUGGAGAAGAGCUCCAUCCCCAUCCCCACCAUCAUAGUCAAAGCUCCGUCCACCAGCAGCAGCGGGCGGAGCAGCCAGGGCAGCAGCGUGGAGGCGGAGCCGCCUCCGGGCGAGAGCGACAGCCCUAAGCCCCCGCCUGCCCCCAACGUGCCCCCGCCCGCCCCGCCCUCGGUCCCUGCGCCUCCGCCCCCCUCGCUACCUGCUCUCCGAGCCCAGGAGAGCCUGGACUUCACCAGCCAGUUCGGUGCCGCCAUCGUGGGGGCGGCCCGCAGGGAUCGCGAGCGCUUCCACGAAGCCCGCCGCAAGAGCGCCUCCUUCUUCAUCUCCGCGGAGGAGGAGCUGGCGGCAGGCACGGGGGGAGGAGCCAUGGGAGUGGGGAGGAGCCAAGCCUCCCAGCAGCAGCAGCAGCAGCAGCAGCCUCUGCCCCGCCUCCGGCCCUCCAAGUCCAUCGACGAGGGCAUGUUCUCAGGAGACACCUUCAUCCAACACACGCGCAGCAUGCCGCCGGCAUUCGGCCUGCCCGAGUACUCCACUCCCAUGCCGCAGGGAGACUACCAGCCCAAGUCUGUGCCCGCCGACUUCUACCUGGGCGGUAGCCGGCAGCCGCCGCAGCAAGCGCAGCCUCCGCCCACCACGUUCAUCCACCCGUUGACGGGGAAGGUCCUGGACCCGGCGUCCCCACUGGGCCUGGCGCUGGCGGCCAGGGAGCGCGCCCUGAAGGACGAUGGGCGCGUGCGCAGGGAGAGGGGCGACCACCACUUCGGCCGCCAGCUCUCCAGCGUGGGGGCGUUUCCCUCGUCCGCGGUCCCGCCCACCUCGCUGCUCUCCCAUUCCGUCGCGCAGACCUCCUCCGCCAGCUCUCCGGCUGCACAGGUCUCCGGCUCAUCCUCGUACCUCGUCACCUCCUCGUCGCUGGCCGCCACGACCACGUCCACCCGGCCUCCGUCGCCCAGGAUCCUGCGAGGAACAGGCGGGGGAGGUUGGGCCGAGGAGGCCGGGGAUCGGACGGAGAGGGAGGCCACGGGGGCGGCUCCCUCACGCGAGGGGCUGAGGGUGCGUUUCUCCGAGGACAAGACGGUCCACACGCACCACUACCAGUCUCAGCACUACCAGCCCACGCAGAAGGAGCGGGAGAGGGAGCGGCAGAGGGAACGUUCCAGGGAGCGGGAGCGGGAGAGGGAGCGCUCCCGGGAGAGAGACAGGGAGCGAGAGGCGGAAAGGACUCAGAGCCAGCAGCAACAGCAGCUCCAUGGACCUCCGCCGUCCCAGCAUCCCCGGAGGCCGUCUUUCCUGAGGAUGGAGAGCGAGGCCGGCGCGUACAUCCUGUCCCUGACCCCCCCGUCUCCUCCAGCCUCUGCCGUUCCCACGCACCCAACUUUGGGCGCGGGGCCUGGCGGGGAGGGAGGUAGCGGAAUGGGCCUGAUGGUCUUGCCCCCUCCAGCGCCCUCUGUUGAUGUGGAUGACGAGUUCGUGUUCGCCGAGCCUCUCCCGCCCCCGCUGGAGUUUGCCAAUAGCUUUGACCGUGGUGGGGCUUACUCCGGGGUAAUGGCUAACAACCUGGCUGCCCGACAGCACCAACAUCACCCGCCUCCGCCUCCGCCUCCGCCUCCGCCUCCGCCCCAAAAAGAUGCUUUCAUGACCGGCUUCCCUGCGCACACCCCGCUGCCGUCUCCACAGACUGGGGACUCCACUGCCUCCAGUCUCACUUCCUAUGACAGUGAAGUGGCAAACCUGACCCAGUCUGCUCCAUCACCUUCUCCAUCUUCUCCCAACCCUCCUCCAGCUCAUUCCCCGUCCACCCUGCAGCCCACUGGCCCUCCGCCCCCUCCCUCUGUAUCGCCCCCUCCUCCACCCGCCUCCUACCACAGACCUUUUGGCUUGUCCCAGUCACACCACCUCUACAACAGCGCCCCGGUAAGUGGACGUGCCUCUUCCCCCACCCCUCCUCCCAUCUCCAUCCCAGCUCCGCCUGCUUACCGGGGGUCUUCUAUAGCUAUUACUGCCCCUGCCUCAUCCACCCCUCUGAGGGGCAACUCCACCCUAUCCAUGACCGUAACCUGUGCCGCACCGGCGACGUCUCCCGCAGUGGCGGUCGUCUCCGCUAGCACUGCGGCGGCUGUCACCAUGCACGCUCAGCGCAUGGCGACUGUUUCCACGGUGGCCACGGGAAGUGGCAGUAGGCGGGCCAGCGCGGAGCACCACCCACCGCCCACCUCAGCAGCGGUCAAGACCGGCGAGUCCCAGGACACCGUGGUGGACUCCGGGAUCGAGGAGUUGGACAGUCGUAGUAGCAGUGACCACCAUCUAGACAACAUCCUGGCACUCAGUGGGGGUGGGGUCAGAGAAAGGCUGGAGAGGGUGGGCGUGGGGGGAGUGGCUCUAGACAGGGGGGGCGGAGCAGCAGAGGGCGACAGGACAAGCGGAGCUGACUUCCUAGAGUCCUACAUGAGUUACCUGGAUGGACAGACUUUCGAAAUGCACAACACCAAGGCAGCAAACAGUGCGUCCACCUACCCCAAGACGCAACGCUACCGAGAAGGCAGCCGCGCCGCAGAGCUCCGACGGCAGACCAGCACAGCCCCUCCAGCCUAUCACAGACGCCGGGAGGAGGAGCCUGAGGAAGAGGAGCCAGAGGAAGGAGAGGAAGACAGCAUGGGCACCCGAGACGGCUAUGGGAUUAGGGAGGGACAAGGGUUGGCUCGCUCUGCUGUGAUGUACUUUGACCGGCCUCGAACCCCCGAGAUGAAGCCUCUCUGGGGGGAGGGGUCAGCAGGGGCAGGGCAGACAGUGGGGGAAGCCGGGGCUCAGACAGCGGGGGCGUACCUGGAAGGGCGUAAGCUCCACCCCCCCAUAUCCAGCAUGAAACCCAGUAUCAUCAGUGAGCUGAGCACCAAAUUACAGCAGAGGAACAAAGGAAUGGAGAACUGGGGAACACAGCGCUCACUGAGCAGACACAGGUUCUCGGAGGAUUCAACAGGAGCCCUGAGCCCUCCGUCAGCUCGCUCUCCCUCUCCGUCUCCGCUGUCUCAGCCAGCCCUGUCCCCGUCUCCCACGGCCUCGUCCCAGCCCCCGCUCUACUCCAACUGGGCUCGCUCGCCCUCGGCACAGCCCCCUGCCGCCCGCUCCCACUCGCCCGUCUCGCCUUCCGCGUACGCCCCGUACCCCACCUCGCCCAAGCACCGCCCCACCUACCGAUCCAAGGCCCUGGAGUUUCAGUUCAUCCCAAGCAGAGAGUCCCGCAAGGCGGAGUCUCACCACGCCCAGCGCCGCCGCGCCCCAAGCCCUCUCAUCUCACCCUCCGACCGGCCCAAACUGGGCCCACCCCGCCCGUCUUCCCUUCCAAUCCUCCCAACCACACCCCUCUACAGCAGCCUGUAUGAUCUCCGGGGUUCUGUUACCCCGCCGUCACCUGCCAACCCCCUGGGCGACCCCUACUUCUCCCCCUCCCCUCCACUGUUUGCCCCCUCUGGGGCACCACCACCUCCAAAUUCGUCUUUGGUAGUCUCUCGCUCGCUGUCGCCCACCCAUUUCCUUUCCGGGACUUCGUCCCCACCCCUGCAUUCAGUGCCCCCUCCCACCUGCCUGAGUUACCCCCACCUACCGCCUCCCUCCCCCUCCAAACCCUUCGCCUCCAAGCCUCUCCCAUACUGGACCAAGUACGAUGUUGCCGAUUGGCUGGCCUACCUGAACCUGGGCGAGCACAGGGAGCGUUUCUUAGACAACGAGAUUGACGGCACGCACCUGCCCUCUCUCACCAAGGAGGACUACCUGGACCUGGGUGUCACCCGGGUGGGCCACCGCAUGAAUAUAGAGAGAGCGCUCAGGAGGGUUAUGGACAGGCUGUCCUCUAGUUCUGUCCUCGUUUCGUCUCUCUCCCCUCGGGAUGGACGGACAGAGCCAGUGAGGGAUGAGGGCUCCCGCAGCUGAGAGGCCAGAGCCUUGCUAACUCAUGUCCAGCCCGAGCAGGACAAGGGAACCUUGUCUUCAGCCAGGCCCGCCGGAGAAGGAGGAGCCGUGGAAGCCAGACAGAUGGAGAAAGGGAGAAUGGGGAUUAGCCAAGCCCUGGCUCACUUCUCCACCUGGAUCCAACGCAAACACUCAUCACACACUGACAAAUACACAUGGAACAUACACUCUCACCAUACACUCAUGUAGUUACACUCGUCGAAGAAAGGCCUGAAGUGAUCAGUACAGAAACAGGGAAUCGUAUAAUAUC